AUGCCGCUGCAGCCGCGGCUGCUCCGCACCUACUCGCGGCGCGCCGGCUACCUGCGCCCGCUGCCGCCGCCCGACCGAUGGAUCUCGCCGCCGCAGGACCGCAAGCGCCUCUUCAGCUCGACCUCCGCCGCCUCCAGCGCCGCCUCCAGCGCCCUCUCCGCUUCCAGCGCCGCCUCCAUCCCCUCGGACGACCCCGACUUCUCGCCGCCCGGCAAGCGGCCCCUGCAGACCCUCGGUAAGCGCCCCGCCUGGGCCCGGCGGCUGCGGACCCGCAGGAAGGAGAACCGGGGCCCGGCCGGGAAGGAGAACCGAGAACCGGCCGGGAAGGAGAACCGGAAGCCGGAGAACCGGGGGCGGGUGACGCGGGGCCGGGGAAAGGAGAAUCGGGAGCCGCCGGGGAAGAAGAAGCGGAGCCAGAGCAAAGAGCCCCGCGGGCGCAGAGAGGAGCCCCGGCGCUCGCCGCCGUCGCUGUCCUCGCCCUCCCCGUGCCCGUCACCGUCCCCGUCCCCGCCGCGCGGUUCGCGGCGCCGCCGGCAGGGCCCGCUGUGCGCGGCGCGGCCGCCGCUGCUGUGCAGCACCCCGCAAUGGGCCCCGCUGCGGCUCAGCUCCACCGCCGACAGCGCCUCGGCCCCCGGGGACAGCCCCGUGCCCCGCCACCGCCGCUCGCCCCUGAGCCUCAGCUCGCUCCUGCUCAGCACCACCAUCGAGGGCGGCUCGGCGCUGGGCGAGCCCCGCUCGCAGCACCGCGGUUCCCGCGAGCGGGGCUCCGGGCAGCGGCCGUCGCUGCUGAGCGCUGGCGAGGAGGUGCCGGAGUGUUUCCGAGCGCAGGGCUCGGCUCGGAGCUGUGAGCCCCAGCCCGGGCUGCGCGGGUCCCGCCGUGUUCUGAGGUCGGCGGUGCGGGGACCCUGCCCGGCCCAGGCUGGCCCGACCCCGCUGAAAGCCCCGAGCGCCUCCCCGCCCCUGGAGGGGGAGCCACAGCGCCUUGUGUCCUGUGACAGCGGCACUCGUGAGGAGCCCUCUGAGGUCCCAUCUCAUCUCACAAGAGAUUCGGCAAAAAUAAGCUCGAGCUGUCAGAGAGACCUGGCUGAGGAGUACCAACUUGUGCCAGUGGUGGUCCUGGACCCCCUGGAAGUGCCAAUGAGGUUGAAGAGCAUGAAACUCAACAACCAGGCUGAUGUUCAACCUGCCUGCCUGCAGCCAGGAUCUCCCGUGGGCCGCCAGGGGAUCUUGGAGAACAAGCACAAAAGGACCAAGGGCGUCCCUGGGGAGGGCAGCACCUGCAGGAAAGCUUGUAUCAGCGGCUUCAGUGCCAGCCGCUGGGGCAGGCACACCCGCCUCCGGCCCAGGUGGCGCAAGAACAAGAGGCAGCAGCAGCCCAAUAAUUCCCUUUUCAGACUCCAGACAAGGCAAAAACUAACUCGGAGGAGAGCUCUGGGGAUGUCUGUAGGUGUCAGAGACAAUGACUCUUCGCUCCUCAAUAACUCUUAUUCCUGGGCUAGAGUUCGAGCGUCUCUGUCCUUCCAUAAAAAGAAGAAAGUGACCACAGAUGAGAGUUUCUGCAGCAGCAGCCUCUGCACCCCCCCAGGGAAAUCCCAGCUUUCGGGGUACCAAGCCAGCCUGUCUGCUGGCAAAGCUCAGGGCAGCUCCUGGUUUGCUUCCUCCAUGGUCCUGCUGGCUCCCAGGGAUUCCUCCUCUGUCCUGGAGCUGCUCCUUACAGAUGCUGAGAAAGUGUUUGGAGAAUGCAACCAGGAGGGCCCUAUUGCUUUUGAGGACUGCAUUCCUUUAAAUAAAAUGAAAGAUUGCAAGAAAAUUGGAGAAGGGGUGUUUGGAGAGGUGUUCCAGAUUGACAGCGAGAGAGGACCUGUGGCCUUAAAAAUAAUUCCUAUUGAGGGGACUGAAAAAGUAAAUGGUGGAGCUCAGAAGAGCUUUGGGGAGAUUCUGCCUGAGGUAAUAAUUUCUAAAGAGGUCAGUCUCCUGUCUGAGGGCUCUGUGAACAGAACUGUGGGCUUCAUCAGCCUCUACUCUGUGCACUGUGUCCAGGGGGCCUAUCCCAGGUAUCUCCUGCAAGCCUGGGACAAAUUCCACGAAGAAACAGGCUCAGAAAACGACCGGCCAGACUUUUUUGGGGCCCAGCAGCUGUUCAUGGUGCUGGAGUUUGAGUUUGGGGGCCGGGACCUGGAGCGCAUGAGGAGCAGCUUCUCCUCGGUGGCGUCAGCCAGGAGCAUCCUGCACCAGGUCACCGCAUCCCUGGCGGUGGCAGAGCAGGAGCUGCACUUCGAGCACAGGGACCUGCACUGGGGGAACGUGCUGGUCAGGAGCACAGAGCUGAGGGAGCUGCAGUACGUGCUGGAUGGACAGACACACUCCAUCCCCACCGCUGGCCUCCACGUCAACAUCAUCGACUACACCCUGUCCCGCCUGGAGAAGGACGGGCUCACCGUCUUCUGCGACCUCUCCACGGACCUGGAGCUCUUCCAGGGCGCUGGGGACCCCCAGUUUGACAUCUACAGGCAGAUGAAGGAGGAGAACUCCAACAGCUGGACUGACUACCACCCCCACAGCAACGUCCUCUGGCUGCACUACCUGGCUGAUAAACUGCUGAAAGCCAUGUGCUACAAGAAGAAGGCAACAACUCCUGCCCUGAAGAAAAUAAAGACGCAGCUCAGCAAGUUCCACAAGGAAGUGCUGACCUUUGGGUCUGCCCUUGAUGUUCUGCACCACAGCAGCCUCUUCCAGUGAGCAAGGACUGAGCCACUGGUGCUGCCUCUCUGCUUUUUGUUUGUGUUGGUACAAUGAUGUGUUUUGA